AUGUAAAACAAUCACCAAACAUCUGUAGUUCCAAUGGACCACAGAUGCUUGAACAUAUCUAGACGGGAAAAAGCUUCGUGUGGAGAUUUGGAUAUCAUAAUUACACAUCCCGAUGGAAAAAGGUUGAGAUUGCUUGCAGACUCCAAAGGAUACCGACUGGAUGAUACAGGACUCUUUCCAACAACUCAUGGUUCAGGCGGCAAACGGGGUACAAGAGCUAUAACAAGUUUGAAACUUUACACUGAAAAGGAGGUGUUUGAUUUUCUGGGAUUCCCUUGGCUUGAGCCUCAUGAAAGGAAUCUAUGAGAAGUAAAUAUUCAGCUUGAGCAUGCUGUACAGCUAAAACUAGCAAAGAGCAUUUUGUAUGAAGCGAAAGAAGCCUAUUAACUUAAUCUUCUGCUGGAUAAACCGAUAGUUUUUUU